AUGGUCAAGAGCAAGUCGUCGGCCUCGUCGGGCACUCGCAAAAAGAAUGCCGCCAAGAAGAAAGCUCGAGAGGCCCACGAUGACGAAGGGGUCGGGGAGGAGGGCUCGAUCGCCGGCGGCACAGGACAGGCUGGAACAGGCAAGCAACCGAUUCAACGCGGUCAGAAGAAGGUCAAGAAGGUCAAGAAGGAUCGUAUCGCCCCCAUGGUCAAGUCGUACAUCCCACCUCAGCCUCCCCCCAAGGGAGUACCCGACCCGGUCGACGUCUGGCUCGCAGGUGGGUCGGCCGUCGACGCCGAGCUCGUGGUAGUGUUGCGACGGCUGGCCAAGAAGGACGAAGCUACCAUUAUCAAGGGUAUCGAAGGUCUCGAGAUGUGGGUGCGACAAGUCAUCAAGGACGAAGCACAAGCCGUCGACGAGGACGAGCAGUGGAAGCUCGAUCAGCGCAGAGACGAUCUGACUGCGAGUAUGGACGUUUGGGUGAGUUCAACCACCCACACUCAAGUAUGAGCCUGAAUUAUACGACACAUUUUCAACAUCAUGUGUGCCGUGGAUGCUGUGCCGUAUUACCUCCCGCUGCAAAAAGGCUGACUCUUCGUGGUCUAUCCCCAGGCUCAUCAUUUCAAUCGCAUCUCACUAUAUCCCUCACGCCGUCUUCGACUACAGGUCCAUUCGCUUCACCAGCUGCUAACGUCGAAACCUCGCCAUCCUUCGGUGCUCCUCGCCUCGACCCGAUCGAGGCUGCUGGCGCCGAGCUGGCUGGAGCAGAAGGACUACGUCGGAUCGUGGUGCUGCAGUGCAUUUGAUGGCGACAGAGCAGUACGAAGCGCCGCUCGUCGAUCCUGGGACAGUGUCGUUCUACCGAACGAUCAGAAGCUUGCAUCAGCACGCGAGACGGACCAGGUUGAGGGAAUAGAUCUGCAGGAGCACGCCGAGAGCAUUUUGGACUUCGCCGCUCGCCUGAUCCUAACACCGUACUCUAAACCGAAAGCAGGGGACGAAUCUGACGACCCAUCGUUCCUCAAAACGCAGGCUCUCUUGGCCAUCUCUUCCCUCUUGUCGAGUCUUCCUUCGCCGUUACCGCUCUCGGAAACGGCCCUUGACUUCCUCACGAGUCAAGAUCUCUGGGAGCUCACCAAAUCUUCCGAACCGGCCGCACUUCGACGAGCCUUGUACGAGUUGUUGGGUGCAGCGACUGGGCGCACUGAUGACGAGCUGCUCGCCAAGAAUGACGGGAUCACGAGGAUUGCCCACAGCGUGCUGAAGGAGUGCUGGGACGAGGAUGUGGGAUGGGCCGGCACUAUCUCGUUCUUGCGGCGCUAUCCCCAAGCUUGGUCACUCGCCGACGAACCGGAAGCAAGUAAAUUCAAGACCGACGAUGGUGAUUCGUCGAGUGACGGAUCCAAUUCUGACGACGAGGACGAGGAGCGAGCCGCCGAGAACAAGCACGUGGCCUCUCCAUCGAAAGGUGCCACCACACCCAAAAAGCUCGAUGCUUCUCCCGAGUUUCCGUCCCCUACACUACACCGGUUUUUUGGUCAUCUCGCUCUAGCUUGCACGGGCCGACCUCAGAACUAUCCGACAAUACUGUUGCUUCUCUCGACCAUCCCAACGAGCGUGCUCCCUCCUUCUCAAGCCAAUCUCCGGCCUCUAUUCGAAUCCUUCUGGUCAGCAUGGGGAGGCCGUGCGCUCUUCCUUGGCUCACUCGGCUCGUCGAAUGGCCCGAGUGCGAUCGAAAACUUCGUGACCUCAUUUCUCGAAUGCUUCCUAUUCGAGCUCGCGAAGUUGCAAAAGGAAGGCGAGGAUAACGGCGAGGCUCUGGUCGUCGAAUGGAUCGGUCGAACAUGGCGCACAUUUCUCGGUGUCGGAGUGAAGGGGCAUCGAGGGAUAUCGACCCCUGCUGUUGCAACCCAGAUCGCAUCGACACUGAACAAAAUCGCCAACAAGGAUGUUCCACUGUUCGAAAAGGCAUGGGCCGUCAUUUCCGAAUCUUCUUUGCAGCUGUUUAGCUUCACUGAUUCAAAUGUAGCCGACGAGGGGUCUUUCACUGCAUUGGCGAACGCAAUCAAGGCCGUCAACGCUCCGUUAAUGUCGGAUGCGCUGAGGUCAAGAUCUCAAGCGCUCGCGAGACGUUCGGCUGAAAGUGCUGUCACAGGCGUCAUGCAGGGCGAUAUCAACGAGCGAGUUUCCAUGCUGUUGACGUUUAUUGGUUCGAUCAAGGAGAGCGUGGCGGGCGAUGCAGAAGUGCAAAAAGUUGGUUAUACGACUCAGCAGGGUCCGGGUGGCAGAGCGCUGACCUCCCCGUCUCGCCCUCUUCGUUCCAGAUGUUGGAUGGGCUCGCAGCUACGAAAGGCGUCUCCUUGGUCUCUUCAGAUUCCAAUCCAGCGACGAUGGCCUAUUUCGCAUCGCAUUUGAGCUCGACAUCGGAAGCGGCUCGGACCACCAUCUGGACUUCGUUGUUCAAAGCUACUCCUUCGACCAGCGUCCUUCUCAAGCUCGUCGAUGCCGUCAGCACUGGCGAGCUGUCAUCCCAGCUUCCUUCGGCUUGUCUCGACGAUUACGUGCUCGAAAUAGCCCAGCGAAUGCUCAGCGAAGAUAUCACCGCUUUCUCAAUUGCCGAGUCCGACCUGUUGACGCGCCUCAUCGUGCAGCCGCGUGAGUGAUUAGUGUAGAGCCGGCUCACCGCUGGUCUUAAUCACACCUGAUCUUCCCACUUUUGUCAGAGCCCUUCGUCGCGGUCGACUUGCCAGCCAGAAUUGUGGAUCUAAUUGCACGGGUCUUACCCGCCAGGGCAUCACAGUCGUUGGCUCUUGCUCCAUCGGCACAGGCAAUUCAAGUACUCGCCUCGCCCUGUCGACUGCUCGCCCAGUACUCGCAGUUCAGUCGAAAUAUGCAGGGGCUCGCUGAAACAGAACUUGCGGUCGCGAUCUUUGAAGUUGCUCACCUCCUCCCGAAUUGUCGCCUGGAGGAUUCCGGGAUCCAAUUGCCGGACGAAGCCGUCAUCGCGGCUCAGCUUACUUGGACCGCUCUAUCUGAGGUCAGGGACUUCUCCCUUACCAAAAGAGUAUGCGAUCGCAUCGGCAAACUCCUACUCGACACAUCCAUCCGGCCCUCUCCCAUCGAGCUGAUAGAAUGCGUCGCCACGCACCUGAAUGCAUUGGACGAGGCGAGCCUCCUCACUCAACUACUCCCAACAUCUGCCGCCUUGGACGAACUGGUCGAAGCUUUGGUACUCUCGAAUCCUUCACCAUCAAUAUCGGUUCUGCAACCCCUCGUUCCUCCGUCCGGCGACGGUUCGGACGCUCCUCGGACCUUCAUCGAAAGUGACGCUGCCGGAUUCUCAGCCUUCGUGCGAUCUGUCGUGGCGAUCCUCGAAGUUGCCGCUCGAAACCACGCAUGGCUGCGUAACAACUCCUGGGUCCUAGCUCACAUCCUCCUCCUCGGCGAUGUCGCUCGGGACGAGCUCGCUGCUUUCGAGUCAACCCGCGGCGUGUUCGGUCCCAACGUAUCGGAGGAAGUGCUGGAGCGCAUCGUGACCUCUUGUGAUGGCGCCAGCUCAUUCUUGCUGGCCGCCAAAGCUGCCGAUCUACCAAGCGACUGGCACACCAAGGCGGUGAUGCAUCUCCGGAAGAAGGAGCCAGGUCGGACGACCGAUCAGCUCGUGAGCGUGCUGGAUGUGCUCGCUCGCCGAACACAUGCUUCAACGGGCGUAUAUUGGAAGAGAGCGUUCUCGACCGUGUUGCAGGCGAUUCUACGGUACGCCGACGCCGGUGUCGCCGAUGCGGAGCGGUGGCUCGCGUUUGCCCAGAAUCUCGGUGAAAGUAAGUCGUGGCCAAGUUUGUCUCAGCGCUCGCACCCUUGUGCUGACAUAGGCUUCACACGCAGGUCAUCCUCUCACUUUGGCCAUCGUUUACUCAAUCAAAGACGCUUUAAUCGAAAGCCCUCGCUUCGAACGAUACCAGAACGAGCUCGCCGCCAACCUAGCCGGGGUUCUACCCUCAGCUGCGAGCGGCAAAGGUCUCGUCAUAUUGCAGGUUCUGCUCGCCACGGCACCGCCAGCGGAUGCACCCGUCAUCUUCCUGCCGCAGCAACGAUCCAUGUUCUUGAUCCAGAACAUCCAGAGAUGGAUCGCAAGCGACGAAGACCUUGCAGAAGAGAUCCAUGCGGCGGUCGCGGAGCUCUUCGUUCACCUUUCACCGAUCGUGCAAGACAUGAGUGGAUCGCAUUGGGAUCUAAUGUUCGACAUCAUCGAGUCCAAUCUAAAGGUGAGAGCUCUCUGAACUAAUGCUCUUGACAGCCACGACCUGACGCUAGCAAUAACUUUCUUACCCUCAGACUGCCAACUGGGACGAUAAUGCCACUUUAUCAUCAUUGUACCACUCGUGCCGGCUUAUUAUGACGAUGCAAGAUCUUGCAUCCCGCAACAAGGAUCUUCGUGCGCUCGCGAAGGAGCGCAUCAACACGUCACUCGCCUUCAUUCGUGACCUUUUCGUGUCUCGGCCAGGUGAGCGCUCAACACGGCCUUAAAGCUUGAGAUGGGAACGAUACUGACACGAGAAAGCCUAAAAAUAGAUUCUCAAACACGGAAUCGACCUCGCUUGGCCGUCCUCGAGACGAUGGCUCACCUGAUGCGGGACCUGCCUCCUACGCUCCUGACAAUGGGCAAGCCGUUCGAUCAAGUGGGUCAAGACACUGCACCAAAAGUUGAAGUUCCUCCGUAUUGACAGACCAUUUUCCCAUUAUACAGCUGCUCCGACUUUUGCGCGACCCCUCUUUGGCGAUUCAGCACUCGUCGUACGGCCUCGUCACCCGAAUCGCUGCGCAGCACGUUGGCGAACUUGUUGUCGAAGUCGAACUGGACCAGGAGGGCGUUCUCAAGGGAGUAUUACCGGAUUCGUUGAUCGAGUUGCUUUCGGACAAGUUGCCCGGAGAAGUUCUGCUAGAACCUCAACACUUUGCUCGUGCAUCGACCCUUCUGCAUAGUUGGCUCAUCGCUUUCACCUUUUUCGAUGAGGCGGUCAGUGAUGUUCCACAUUCUGCGCUAACUGCACAAGAUUCUGAGCUUAAACCAAAAUUGUAUCUCCACAGUCUCCUCGUCUCAAGGCCGACUACACGAAUCAUUUGCGCAAGCUGGAGCUGAUCGGUUCGUCGUACCUCCCGUCCAUCUUUGCCCUCCUCAACCUCAGCGAUCGCAGUCGAACGAUAGACGUCAGUCCAUGGGGCAUCGACGAGUUCCAUCUAGGGUGUGAGUCGAGUCAUCAUGUGCGGACUACAGGUCUGUGGAUCUUGGUAUUGAGACCCGAUCCUCCUCCGCAGUGGUCGACGACCUCACGCCUGUCACGCUACCCGCCUUCGCAACGUUCGUCUACUAUCGUUCGCUUCAAGCCAUCCCUUCGUUGGUGAGGCAGUGGUGGGAAGGCUGCAAAAACCGGCAGCUGUCGAUGGCGGUCGCCAACCUGACGUCACGACACUUCUCGCCCGUGCUCAUCGCUCACGAACUGGCGCACCUUCGAGAUCCCAACGAUCCUGCGGGCAGGACGCUACGUGACAACGACGACUUUACCGUCAAAGUCGCGGCGAAUGCGAACGAGGUGAAGGCCGUAUUUGUCGUUGAUGAGGAAAGCAUGGAGAUUGGCGUGAGGAUGCCGGCCGACUUCCCGUUGCAGCAGGUUGAGGUCAAGGACGUCCGACGGGUCGGAGUAACAGAUUCGCAGUGGCGGGCCUGGUUGCUCGGUGUGCAACAGGUCAUCACAAAUCAGGUGGGUGGCUUGGCGCAAAUACUACAAAGAGAUGCUAUCUAAUCUACAUUCACCUCGUCAUUCCUCUCAUCAGAAUGGACUUAUCGCCGAAGGGUUGUCGCUGUGGAAACGCAACGUGACUUUGCACUUUGAGGGUGUCGAGGCGUGUGCGAUCUGCUACUCGUCCAUCUCGGUCGUCGAUCGCUCGUUGCCCACAAAAGCAUGCAAAACAUGCAACAACCGUUUCCAUGCUGGUUGCUUGUACAAGGUGCGUCUCCUCGGUGUUUGUUGGAAUCAGAGCUGGCGCGAGGACUCAAUUGACUGACCGUCAUUUCUGGGCCGUCUUAAAGUGGUUCUCGACAUCGCAUGGAUCAAGUUGUCCGUUGUGCCGAUCCUUGUUCUAG